AGUGCAAAUCACAAAAUUUACGAUUAUUACUUACCACUGUUUAAAUACCAGUACAGGAUCGGAAAACGAACAAUUACUUAUAGUUCAUUGUUACUGCGGUGUCAUAAUUAUUUUUAUUUUUUAAAUUCGAAUUCGCAGAUUCCGAUUAAAUCCAAAUUUUGUUCGACAGUGGAUUUUAUCCAGUUAUCUACGAAAACUGUCUCCGCGCCUCGUUACAUUUUGUGUACCCAAGUUUGGAUAAACAACCCGCCGACCCGCUGUAGUCGUACGAGACAGCGCAAUGUAUUUGUUCGUUGCUUAUUUAUCGCUGGAUUUGAGAAGCGGAGAGACGAACCUCUUUUCUUGAAGAAAAGUAAAAGAGUUUCUCGUUUUUCUGGAAUGAUGAAUGAUGAUGAUUGCAGAACAUUUUUUUACGACUUGCUGGCCGUGUUGAUUAUAUCUGGAGGGUACUAGGCAGGUAAUGCAGUGGCCAAAACCGGAGAUGCACCAUGCCUGCUAAUUCAUCAUCCAAAGCUUACCUUAUCAUCAUCGCUAUCGUUUUCCUGAUCUCGGGAUUCCUCUUCAUUGGUCUGCUCCACUGGAACAACACAGUUACCCUUCGCCCACUGGAAGGUGCCACAAGGCAGCAUAAUAGUCUGAGUGAACUCUUCUCAAUCGAGAACACCACUGCAACGAGGAGCAGCAAAUAUCGACCUAGCAAAAAAACCACAUCUCCUCCGGCGGAAAGUCUUUCAGCCGAUUCUUUCUAUCUUGACGCCUCUGUUGUUGCCAGCCAGUAUUCCAUUAAUCCGGCACCCUGUUCGACGCUUCCGGUGAAGCCGUACGUCGUCAUUAUCGUUUUUGCGCGGCCCAAUGGAUACAAACUCCGACAGGCCAUUCGGAGCACGUGGGGCUCCUUGGUUGAUACGCACUGCGGAGUGCGCAUGUUGUUUAUGUUUGGUCGCGUCUAUGACUCCGCCGUGCAAGAAGCACUGAACGAGGAGUCCAAAAAAUACGGGGAUGUGAUACAGUCCAACCAGUUCGACGACAGAUACCGUUCCGCUGCCAAUAAGGCUGUUCAUCUGUUGCAGUGGGGUGCUGCGUUCUGCCCAGAAUCGGCCUACACGGCCAAGAUUGACGACGAUAAUUGGUUGAAUUUACAGAAAUAUUUAAAUUUUCUCAAAGCUCAUCCGCCGAGUGAUAUUGUUUAUGGAGGGAUGUUUUAUGCUGGGACAAUAGUAAUUCGUGAUCCGAAUAGUAAAUAUUUCGUUCCAAGGGAGGAAUUCCCACAGGAAUAUUAUCCCGAAUAUCUUUCCGGAAUACUGUACGCAUUCCCUACAAAACACUUGGCCAAAGUAGUGUACAUGGCACAGCAUAGUCAGAUGACAUUUAACGAUGACGUUUUUGUCUGCGGAGUGGUGGCGACGAAAGCGGGACUGACGCGAAAAGAAGUUCCGGACUAUGGAUGGGAUCACAAUAUACACGAUACCACGUGUCCUAAGCGAGAUAAAAUGUGCAUUCAUUAUUCGAAAAUUGAAGAUUUUUACAGACUAUGGAAUGAUCCUUGCUUCAAGUAUGAAAAGUUGUGUUAAACCAGUUAAAGGAUGGAUAUUUAUUGUUGCCUUAUGUACUCAGUAUGUAGUUUUGGUUAUGCAGUUUUGUCACAAUGUCUGCAGCAUGUGAACCUGAGUUCCUUUUUUUAGCGCAGCUGCUUUUGCCAGCUUUAAUUCUUUCGCUGUAAUUCUCAUUACGUGUUGAACUUGCAAUCUCUGUCAAAGUCUCAAAGUUCUGUUUGAAUAAGCAUGAUAAGCUGACAAUGAGAUAAAUUUUU